AUGAUCCGUAAAAUUGUCAAGUCUAGACGUGUCAGUAAAGCAAGGGAAAGAGUAAUAUCUCUCGUCACCGAUUCGGUCACAGUUCAGGCAAUAGUCUUAGAAAGCAUGUCAACUGCCGUUGGAAUUUCAACUAACAGUAUAUCUAAUUCUCGUGAAUCUUUGGCCAAGAAAGGCUUUGUGCUCUUUUCAGCAUUUUCGACCGGAAGCAUUUAUGCAGGCCCUUAUUCCAAUGAUUUGUAUGUGGGAAGUUCAGGACAUAUUUUCAAGCAUCCAUUUAGUGAGCCAAAUGGUAGUACACAGCAGGAAAAGUUGUAUCCUGUUUCUAUGGGGGACUUAUCACUGAUUCCUAUCAUAAGUGCGUUUGUAUAUACUUUGUCACCAGAAGAUAUCCUUGCUCUUGAUUACGCCUUAAGGUGUGGUCUUGCUAGUCGCAGUAGUCUCACAAAGUAUGAAACCUGUGUUUCAAAAUUCAUUCAUCUUCAAAGUGGGGUUGUGAAUUGCCCAAACUGUGUACUCUACAGCUGUGAAGAUCUGGAAUGUUCAAAACAAUGCCGAAAGCUUCACUCUGGCUGCGAUCCCAACGAAUUUCAUCCGACUACCGUAUGCAGAACUGAGUCAUGCGAUUGUCCACUGCUCGAUAUAUCCAGAUUAAAAUGGUUCAGACGAGAUUUUUUGUCACCAAAUGGCGUUCCAUCCAAAGGUUCGUAUUACUGCAUUGACAUUUUGCUCGCUGUUUGCAAAGCUUGGAGGUGGCCAGACUUAAUUCCAGGCGACUGUUUGAGGCGAGUUGGACCGUGUCAAUAUUUGCGAAAUCAAACAAAGCCGAAGAUUUGUUUGAAUCCUUAUCAUUGGAAUCGAGUUGUUGUGCAAGAUAAAUUUGUUGAGAAAAUCCAAUCAUUGAAAAAUUCCUCUGAUCCAGACAUUGUUCGCUUGGGAUUAAAUCCUAUUAGUCAUUCUAGUCCUGAUUCUACUGCAUCUAACUUAAAAGACGCCAAUCUCAAUUCAUGUCAUAUUGAAAAAGCCCUACAACUGCCACCUUUAUCAACAUCAUCUUUAUUGUCGUCGUCGUCUUCAUCAUCAGCAUCGUCAUCGUCUGGACCAGAAACAACCUCAUCUUUGAUGGCAACACAAGUGUCGUCUAUUUUCAUGCAUCCUACGCAUGAUUCAGUGACAUCGUUUGACACAAUGACAGAUAAAUCAACAGCUUUACUGGUUAACAAUUCAGAAAAGUUUAAAAGAGAUUAUUGUUCAUCUGAUCUGCUGUAUAAACUUCAACAGAAAAUCAGUACAAAUUUAACACAUCUUAAUCCGAAUUCGCCUAAAUUCAACACUGGAUACACAAAUACCCAAUUUGUGUCAUCUUUCUGUUCAUCUUCUUUACAAUCAGCUGAUGAGGAGAAUUUAAAUCCUACCUCCAGUACUACAGAAACAUCUCUAGUUAGCUCUGAAUUAGUCGACUUCAAAUAUCCAGCGCUUUGUAAUCACAUGCCUUCAAUAUCCAUCACUGCUAAAAAUGAAGGUGUUGAAAAUCUAUGCAUACCACAUGAAAACCUUGAUUCUGUCCAUGCUCAUCUUGAUACACGAAAUGUUCCUCUUUCUCCUAUACCUCCUCCUGCUCUUCAUCAUCAUCAUCAAAAGCCAUGGGCGAACAUCUCCUAUUGGGAAUCACAUCAUCAUAUUGGACGUCGUUGGUAUGAUAUAACAAAUCGUACAUUGAAUAUUGUUUAUAAUGAGGAUAACAAUAAACUACCUUUAUCUCCAAAACAUGUUCAUAAUGAAACAUAUUCACGUUAUAAUGAUAAACUACAAAAUGAUUGUAUAUAUUUAUCUCUUUUAACAGUGUAUGAAGCAUCAAUUCAUGCUAAGUAUAAUUAUAAAUUAAAUUCGAAUAAGAGAAGUAAACCAAAUGUCUCUGUUGCUACAACUGCUAAUAAUAAUGAACAUAAUCGUAGUAGUGAUAUUAAUGCGACACAUACUAAAGGAUCUGUUACGUCGUCUAUGAAACAGUGCAGGAACUGCCGUCAUAAUCAUCAUCAUCAUCCAGAGCGACAGCAGCAUUUAGAUUCAUACAGCGCCAAAUCUCUUUUAAGAGACAUUACAAUGCAUUCUUCACUAUAUAAGCCAUCCUCUGGAUGGAAACAAUGUUAUCGUCUAGGCAGUCAGGGUAUAUCACUUACACUUACCACUUAUGGUUGUGUUUGGUUGAAUAAUCAAGCAUUGGCUACAAAUUUACCCGUAUUUGUAUCAUCACCAUGUUUACAGGUGAUGGACAAUGUAACUGCUGGUGACUUUUGUAUGGAACUACCGGUAUAUCGUGUACCGGCAGGUUAUUCAUUAUUGGUUUUUGAUCUUGUAUUAUAUGAGAGCUUAUUACUGCGGCACUCUUCAUCAUCAUCAUCAUCUUCCUCCUCCUCUUCAUCUUCGUCGACAUCAUCUUACUUUCCAUCCUGUCGACCGUUUUCGAGCACCCAUACUACCAAUGAUAAUAAUAACAAUAACAAUAGAAAUAAUAUCUUUUUCGAAGAGUUAAACACUAAUAAUAGUAGUCUGUUGUAUAGGAAUCCAAUUAUACAUAUUAGUCUUGGUAAAGGCUGGGGUCCGUCAUAUCGUCGACCAGAUGUUACACAUUGUCCAGCCCGUUUAGAGGUAUGGAUUAAUUUGGAGCAUAUGCUACUUUAUUCAUUUCAUGCAAAUUAG